UCAAAUUUUUGGGGGUACUGAGAAAACUCAUUAUGUAAUGACAUUUUAAUUUUUCUCUUUGUUUCAAUUACAAAUAGUCAAGUCAAAUAAACAAUUACAAAUAGUCAAGAGAAGCAGCAAGGAUGAUGGAGUUGCUGCGGCUGCUCUCUCUGCUGCUCUUCGCUCGUGCGUGUCGAGCUCAAACAUUCGCACCAACACAAUUGAACGUCUCGGGAUUGGCGGACACUACGGGAUUGAACGUCUCGGGAUUGGUGAACACUACGGCAUCAUCCGAUCAACAGGACUUCAUUGAUAGUCUUGCAUCUGGCCUCAAACCCAAUGAUGUCAUCAUGAUCGAGUUCAUGGCAGAAGAUAGCAUUUCAGCAAUAAAUUACACUGCACAGUUCGAAAGUGUGAAGGCUAACGAAAAUAAGAUGAUGUAUACUGUGAGUGCUCCAAUGAACCUGGGGAAACCUUCGCCCGAGGCGAGCUUGUGCCUCUGGCUCUACCUGAAGAACCGCCGAUACAACGACGACGUCCUUAGCCUCACGGCGAAGGAAGGCAAUCAGUUCAACAUGGUCAACCUUGGGAUAUUUUCGUCGCAAUUAUACAUCCAGCACAUGAAGUGCACUCUUUACUACCCCUUCAACGUACCACUACGGCAGUGGAUUCACAUCUGCUUGGCAAUGGGAGACCGAAUCGUCACCUACAUUGAUGGAAAAGUCAUGGCUCCUAACCAGGAUUGUUCUUUUGGAGGAACAACCUUACUCACAUCCAGUAACAGUCAGCUCGUGUUAGGCGGGAAUAAGAUGGUUUUGAAACCCCUAUGUGGUAAGAUAGCGGACGCCCGGCUCUACCUAGAGAAACUUGGACUCAACAAAGUACAGGAGGUACGAUCCUUCGUCAACACUACUGGGGAGUACAUCUCGAUGAUUAAAAUGCCCUCAUCUACUUCUCUUGUACCUGCGUCAGCUGCUAUAACUGCAUUUGACAAGGCAGAUCUGACCGCAAAUCAAUCAGCAAGUAUGUGGUUUCAAGUGACCAAAACACUGCCUUACUACAAGGCUGCCAGCGUUUGUAAAAGAUUUGGCGGAACUUUGCUGGAUACGUCUACAGUUGAUAAUUCAGCUCUACUCGCCUAUGCCAGAAACGUGCUUAGCGAGAGUCUGUCCAAUUUUUGGGUGAUGUCGCCGAACAAUAGCUGUCUUUCCAUGAGCAUUUCCCCUGCUGGAAUUUCUUUCGAAAGUUCAAGUGAGUGUAAUCGUUCAAGACGUACUUUGUGUUCCGCUCUGAGGUCGAAAAUCUAUUACCUCAUCGGAGGUGCACAGUACGCUGAUGUCAACCGUUUGCCUUUGAAGAUGAUCGAAAAUAAGCUGACUUGGGAUGCUGAAUAUGACUUACGUUUAGAAUACUCAGAAUCUGAUAUGACUUUCUACAUCAUGAACUCCAUUUCUAAGGAAAUUUAUGUCAAAAAUAGUCUCCUUGCGAUGGACAAUCUCAUGGGUCGGAAACAAUGGCUUAUGACAGACGCUUCGCCACCUUUCUCUUUAUCUCUCACGUUGACAGCUUGUUCGGAAGGCGAGUUCACUUGCACAAAUGGACAGUGCGUAGAUCUUUGGCAAAUUUGCAACUUCAACGCUGACUGCGAGGAUUUCACAGACGAGCAACUCUGUAACUACACUCAAAAUCGACCAUCUUACUACGACAAUCAGCUGUCGGGCCAGAAGACCCUUGAAGUUGAUCUAAAAGUCGCUCUCUUGCGGAUUCUGGAACUCGACAUGAAUGAAGGUACUGUGAAGGUAAAUUUGCAAGCCACGGCCUACUGGAGGGACGAAAGAGUUGUAUUCCACAAUAUCUACAAGUGUAAUGAAACUUUGGUGCCUCAGAAAGAUGCCUCUUUUUACUGGCAGCCUGACAUACAAUUGGAUGGGGUCGUGAACGAAGAUGUGUCGGCUCUCUCCAUGGACACGGCGCCCGAUCAGAUGUACAUUAUCGCACAAGAACUCGGAAACGCUUCAACUUUUCAGGGAAAUGAAGUGAUAGAACACGCAGGAAAGGACGUACUCAUCAAACAUCAAAAGUCAGCAAUUAUGACUCUGAUGUGUCCAAUGGAUCUCUACAUCUACCCAUUCGAUAUCCAAACGUGCCGCUUCAACCUGUCUCUUCAAGGGAAGAUCAACUCCGACGACGUUCAGUGGUCGUUGUCUAAAGACGAGCAGUUGGAAUACACCGGGUCGCCGCUGCAGCUCUUCCAGUUCAUCUACUUCAAGAAGAAAUCCAAUCAGGACAAUCAACAUGCGAUGAUGUUCGAGCUACGGAUCGCACGUCGCUACGGUAGUGACAUCCUCGUAACUUUCUUGCCGUGCUUCGUCAUGGAGCUGAUCGGCCUCAGCGUCUUCGCCAUACCUCUGGAAAACCUAAGUGACAGACUCACCGUCAGCAUUUCUUGUCUCAUCGUCAUGGCAGCUCUGCUCACCCAGAUCGGCUCGACGCUGCCGGUCUCGGCAGACCCCAAGAUGAUCGACUCGUGGAUGUUCAUCCACGUGCUGAUCAUGGCGGUUGCGUUCUUCUGCAUGGUGCUGCUCGAGGUGGUCAACCAGAAGCUGGGGCCCGACAAGGAGGAAGGGGACCGAUGGUUGAAGAAAGUGAAGAUCCAUCCUUAUAAAGAUGAAGACGAAGAGACAGAAGAAGACCAGAACUUCACAUUUCCAACCAAGCUGAACAAAUAUCUGGCCAUCUUUUCUCUGCUUUCUUACUUCACGUUCGUGGUUGUCUUCAUUGGUUACAUCUUCGGCGUCCGAAACUCUGUGCUCGGAACUAAUUGAAUUUAUUGCAGGCUAUUAAGCCUUUGACGAGCCAUUCUUUUAUCGUUAAUAACGGAACAAAUUAAAAUGGUCGAAGGCAAUCACUAUCUUUGCUGAACUAUUCUUAUCAGAAACAACAACUUUGCUUACAAUUGAAUUUUUAAAUAAGUUCCUAUGAGUAAUUUAUUUCAUGCAAAUAAAAAUAUAAAUGUGCUUAAAUUUAUUCGUUACACCGCAAUAACCUUGCAUAAUAUACGAAAAACAUUAAUUUCAAUUGAUAUGUGGAAUAAAUAACUUCUUACUUCAAAGCGCUCCUUGAUUGAAUCGACACUUGACGACACGUUAUUUUUCAUGUAUUGUACGUUGUUUGAGCAUGUAUUUAUUGGCGGUUUAACCAUUUGCGCAAUUUUUACUCAUAGAGCCGAGUGCGCACUGACCACCAAGCAGUCAACGUUAUUCAGAAGCACUCUUUAGAAUUUUUUUCACGAUCAGAUUUUUGGAGUCGAAUCUAUUUAAAUAAUCAACCAGCACUUGUAGCCUAGUCUUGGUACAAUUUACUGCAAGCU